GUCGCAGGCAGUUGGAAUCUUGGACGAUUUUCAAUCUGGUUGCGUUACCCAGUUGCUAAAACAUCAACACACAGAGCGUCACUACGAUACGCACAGCUUUCGCUUCAGCAAGCUGAACAAAACGCUAGAGGAUUACGAUAAGAAGCGGGACGACGAGAAGCAGCAGAGAGGAGAGGUCGCCGAAGAUGAGGAUCAGCAGGCGCAAGGAGAGAAGGGCGAAGAGAACAAUCUGCAUGGGCUGCAAAAACAAGAAGAAGGAGCGCUGCACAUUCGUGAGGCAGAGGACGCGCCUGGGCCAGCUUCGUCGUCAGCUG